UUUUUAACCCCACCGUUUUUUCGUUUCUUCAUCCUCGAAGAAAAAGCAGUUGUCUACCAUUAAGCCUUCCUUUUUUUUUUUUCUUUUUUUCGUCUGUUUGAUCGUUACAGGUUGAACUUGUGUCGCAGCCGUCGGUUUGGAGGUGAACGGAUUACAAGACCAGUCUGCUAGUUUCGCGUGUCUGGCGUAUUAUCUCCACCCCCGAUUCCGGAGGCCGUCAGCCGUCAUUCGAUCAGGGUAUGGCGCAGCCGCUCCCGUCCGACAAGGCUGAAGAGGUUCUCGGCGUUUCUCAACAGAGAAUUGUGAUACGAAACAAGCAUGGAGAGAAACUUGUUGGUGUGCUACAUGAAACUGGUUCUAAGAAGCUUGCGAUCUUGUGCCAUGGAUUCCGAGCUUCAAAGGAUGACAAAACUUUACUUAACCUAAGUGCUGCAUUAACAAGACAAGGGAUCAGUGCCUUUCGCUUUGAUUUUGCUGGAAAUGGGGAAAGUGAAGGUGUUUUCCAGUAUGGCAACUAUAGAAGAGAGGCUGAUGACUUACGAGCUGUAGUCUCAUAUUGGUCUGAACAAAAAUAUGAAAUAAGUGCUAUUAUUGGACACAGUAAAGGAGGAAAUGUGGUGCUUUUAUAUGCUUCCAUGUACCAUGAUGUUCCUGUAGUUGUCAAUCUUUCUGGUCGCUUUGCCUUAGAUAGAGGCAUUGAAGGUCGAUUAGGCAAAAAGUUCUUGCAGAGAAUCAAGAAAGAUGGAUUUAUCGAUGUAAAGGACAGAACAGGAAAAGUUGAGUAUCGGGUGACUGAAGAAAGUCUAAUGGAUCGAUUAAACACAGAUAUGCAUGCACCAAGCCUCUCCAUUGACAAAGAGUGCAGGGUCUUGACAGUUCAUGGUUCAGAAGAUGAAAUUGUACCAGCAGAAGAUGCCUUAAAGUUUGCCGAGCUCAUACCUAAUCACAAGCUACGAAUUAUUGAAGGGGCCGACCAUUGCUAUACUGCACAUCAGGAAAUGCUGGCUUCACUUGUACUGGACUUCAUAAAAUUUGAUCAGAUGAAGAUACUCAUAUAAAUAAUUUUAUAUGCUAAGAUUUGUUAUCAACGUUUUAAGGCAUGUCUUAUGUGACAAGGAGUUCAGUUAAUAUGGGUGGAAGGUGCUUGUGCAGCGAGAGACACCUAAAUCCGUUGGACUUGUGCAAGAAAAUAAUGCACCUUGGGUGAGUUCAGUCUUGAUGGUGGAUCCCAAUAUCAUUGCUAUUAAUUUAGCUGUGGGUUUGGGAGGACAUUUCUAUUACUGCUUAAACCUUCAUUUGUGGUUCAUAUUUUCGAUCUGCUUAAGAAACUUCUGCUAGAUUGGCCACUAACCUGAUGAGUGAUGGCAAUACAUGCAAAAGCGGGAUUCAUUAGAUGAGAAGUGGAUGGCAGAUUGCAAAUGCUUGUAUGAGAUUCUCACCAGUUCUCAUGUGAACCAGCAUCACCAACGUUCACAGGCCCAAGCAAUACUAUGAAUUCGAUAAUCGCUGGAAUUUACUAAGCAGUUAUAUGUCAUAGGUAUCUGAUGAUGUUGUUGUCGUUUCGAUGAUAAUAAUUAAUUAUGAUAUAAAGAAGAUUUUUAUUAAUAAUGAAAGUUCAGCGGAUGUUACUGUUGUGAU